UUUUAUUAGUUUUAAUAAUUUAUAGUUGUUUUUAAAAAUUCAAAAUAUAACAUAUACAGAAAAAUCUAAAUUUUAUUAUAUUGUUAAUGUGGUUGUUUAAUUUAUUUUAAUAAUUUAAAAUUAAACAAAUAUGAUUGAAGAUACACUAACUUUUAUCAAAUCUUAUUAUUCAAAAUCACUAAUUAUCAUAUAUAUUUUAGCCACAUUAGGCAAUUCCAUAACUUUUAUUUAAAAAAAUAAUAAAAAACUUUAAUAAUGAAUUUAUGGUUAGUUUAAUCAAAAGCUUAUUAUAUAUAAUUAGAUGGACCAACUCAUUCUUCUAAUGAUUAUAAGAAUUAUCAUAGUAAUGACACGUAGCUAUAAAAAGAAAAUUUGUAAUGUUUCUCAAUUAAUAUAUAGGAGAUAUAAUAUUAAGGAAAUACUGCACACAAGUAAGAAAAAUGAAUGGAAAUUCUUGGUAUUAUUAACAAAAUCAUUACUUAUUUAUUGUUGAAAACUAAAAGGAAAUAGGAUUUAUCAAAGCUAAAAAGGAAAUAUGGUCGAAAAAAUCCAAUAUAUAUAUGGAUAGACUUAUUUCUUAUCGCAUAUACACACACCCAACGAAAAAGAAACAAUCAUUUUUCACACUCAUCAAUCAGAUUAUACAUUCUUCUCGACUUCCAUCACCAUGACUUCUUUCGAUAUGAACCCAGAUAUGAUCAUCGAGAUUCUUUCUCAUUCUCCUGCUUCGUUGGUGGGAAAGUGUAGACUCUUAAACAAAGAAUGUAACAAGAGAACCUACGAUUCUUCCUUUCUCAAACUCAAUCUCCAAAGAACCAAUUCCGUUUCCGGUUACUUCCUCGAAUUCAGCGAGAGACUUAGAGUUCAUUCCGCUUUUGUCAGAGAUUUAGGCAACAUUCCUAGUGGGUCUGAUGAAAUCUCGCUGGAUUUUCUACCACCAGGAAGAGUAAGUAUUAAAGCUUGUGACGCAAGUCAUGGGAUUUUGCUUUGUGUUAAUGAUCUUCCGGUUAAAGGAAGACAACCUGAGUACAUCGUCUGCAAACCAACCACAAAACAAUACAUGAUUCUUCCUAAACCAAAAACCCGGUACUUCACAAUUGCACUCGGUUUAAUGGUGAUUGGAUCUGAUCCUUUCCGGUACAAGAUCCUCAGGCUCUCACAGUUACCUGGCAACGAGAAUAGGAGGUACAGCUUCAGUUUCACUCUCGUUUGCGAAGUUUUCGAUUCGGAUUCGUUUGCAUGGAAGAGAUUAAACAACGUGGAGCUACCGGAAGAAGACUUAUUGGUUCCAAGAGCAGCUAAUCCGGUUGCUUCUUACGGGUUCUUGCAUUGGUUAACGACCAGCAACAAUGUAUUCCGGUUUUGUUUCAAAACCAAUUCUUGGUCAUUUUUUCCGGUUCCUGAGAAUCUAGCGAGCGACGAUUCUCUAAAGUUGACAAGAUACGAUGGAAAAGUUGGAGUUAUUAGUUCGAGAUCGAAGGAAGGAGUGGAUUAUCAGGACUUAUGGGUUUUGGAGAGGAGUUUUGGGGAUUCAUGGGUAAAUGUGAAAGAGAUUAAAAGUAUAGGGCUCGAACCUGUGGGGUUCUCAAGCAACGACGUCGUAACACUGGCUGACUUGGAUGGAAUGUGUUCAUACAAUAUGAAUAACGGGAAAUCUCAGAAACUACAAAUAAGAGCUCCAAAGUUUUUCCCUUCUUAUUAUUGGACCAUGAGUUAUUUUCCUUUCUAUUCUGACUACGAGAGAAUUGAACUUAACGGGAGAUCUAAUGGCUUAUCAACAUUAUCAACAAGACACAAGACGUAGAAAAGGUUUAAAGACUUAUGUGAGAAUAUGGGGUUAUUGGUAGAUAAUUUUCAAUAAUUUGUCAAUAAGGAGUCAGUAGAAUCUAUUGUUAUUGAAAUGAUUUUUUUUUUAAAUAUCUUGUUAGUUUAAUUUAAAUAAAAAUUCAUUCAAAUCUCUGGUUAUUCAUCAUCAUUUAUAAUCUAAUUCUAUCUAAAUCUAAUAACAAUGAAAACAAUUCUCCACAUUCUACUCCUAAGUAAAAUAUAACUUUAGUGUAUCAAAAAAGUGUUUAAAAAAGAGUAAUAUAACUUUAAAAUACCAUGCAUACAUGAUUUUUUAAAUUUUGUAAAAUCAAAAAUGUUAGGGAUAAUUAAUAGUAUGUCAAAUCUUUUUUUUUUCCUACUCAGACGACUUUUUGCUUCCGAACUGGUUUUGCCUCCGGAUAAAAUAGAAAAAUUUCGCUUAAAGAGGAUUUUUCCAUUCUAGGAUAUUGGAUGAUCUAACGUAAAUUUCAACUACAAAAAUUUUCAAACAAGGUUAUUAAACCCCAGAACAAAGGGAUCAAUUAUUCUACACUUCGAUUAUACAGACAUGCGGCACUAAACCCAUAUGUUGUAAUUUGUGCUCUAAAAAUCAAAAAUACACUACUUUUAGUCUUUUAUUCUUGUUUUAAUUAUUUGCUUCAUGUUUCCCUAGUAUCAUGAAAAACUUUACUUUAUUUAUAAUAAUAAAAAUAUGUAAACCAGAGUAUACAUAUUUGCAGAAUCCACAUAAUGUUUAAAAAGUUACACUCUUUCACAAAUCAAGCUCCCAGGACUCCUUAAACUCCAAUUAAUUACAUGACGUAUUUAUGGUAAAAAACAUUGUAUGAUAAAAUUAUUAGGACGAAAGUCACGGGAACACUACAUAAAUGGCGGACAACAACGGCCAGACACAAACCAAAUCAAACUUAGACCAAAACGUUACAGUUUGCAUGCAAUUAAUAAUAAAAUAUAUUUUCUGCGUUCUCUGCAAAAAAAAACCGUUACAGAGGAGACAGCGAAAACCUUUGAGGAAAUCUUUUCUAGGACGACUCGGAAGCAGCAAACCCCAAAAGAGAACAAAGGAAAAUAAUUUUCUCUUCUGAAGCCCUCUUCUGAUUAGAAGUUACAUUUUAUAGGUAAAAAGAUCUAUUUUCCUAUCGGUUUUGGUUUCUUUAUUUGGAACCCUAACUUUUUUGAGAUUUGUUUGCCUAGUUUGAACCCUAAUUAUAUUUCUUUAGGUAUUGAAAGGUUCUUCUGAUUCAAAGUUAUUAUAGGUAAUAUCUUCAAUCUUUUUAACGAUUGGUGUCUUCUCAAUUUUUUUAGUUAUCAACCCAUAAUUUUGAGAUAUAGUGUGUUUUUUUCUGUCAGAUUCGAUUACUCAACGAUGUGAUUUGAAAUAUUCCAAAAGAGAAUUCAUCGAUCCUUGACGAACAAGGAUCUUCAUUUCAGGUUUUUCUCUUUCUUCUGUUUUUUUUUUAAUUGUCCGUUCAAAUGAUAAAACGGUUUUAAAUGUAAAUUGAUUUUUUUUUC